GCCGCACCAUCAAUCAACACAUCUCUCGGCUGCGGCGGUGGCUUUCGGUGGCGGUCAGUCCGGUGUGUGUGUGUGGAAGCCGGUGCGCGGCGACGACGCAGAUUCUAUUUUACCUAGGUUGGCACGAUCGAUCGCCGGACGCUUCAGUUGCGCUCGGACUUUCGACGGUGAAGAACGUCGCACCAGAAAAUUUCCUGUGUUUGGGGCUGACAAGUGACCGUUGGGACCGUUGUGAAGGACCAUGCAGGAUCCGUUCGCGAACGUGACCGCCGGAGUUCCGGUGAACCUGGGCUCCAACCAAAGUUCCUUCCUCGACGCCAAGUGGAACGCCUUUCUCGAUAUUGUUGGUGACGAACCGGAUACCAUCUACAUCUGGUGCCUCACAGUAUGGACGUACGGGCUGUUCUGGAUCAUCGGAGGACUGUUCGUGUUCAUGGACGUCACCGGAAAGCCCAAAUUUAUGCGCAAAUACAAGAACCAGCCCGGAACGAACGAACCGCUGGAGAUUUCCAAGCUGAAGCACCUGGUCAUAACCGUGCUCACCAACCAGGUGGUGUACGGACUGCCAACCUCGUACCUGACCUACUUGAGCCGCAAGCUGAUGGUGACCGCUUUGCCCGAUAUACGUGUCCUGCCCUCGAUCGACAUCAUUCUGCGGGACAUGGUCGUCUGUAUCGUGGCCUGGGAGAUCACCUUCUACUACAGCCACCGAUUGCUGCACGCCGGCUUCUGGUACAAGCACAUCCACAAGAAGCACCACGAGUGGCCUUCCCCGGUGGCCUGGGCCGCCAUGUACGCCCAUCCCUUCGAGUUCGUCGUCAGCGAUCUGCUGCCGGUGUACGUGGGACCAGCGCUCUGUACCAGCCAUCCGGUGACCAUCGCCAUCUGGAUGCUGUUUGUCAUGAUGGACACGGUGGUCGACCACUCCGGUUACCAUCUGCCGGUGCUCGGUAGCUCCGAACAGCACGACUAUCAUCACCUCAAGUUCAACCAGUGCUACGGACUGUUCGGCUGGUGGGACACUCUCCACGGAACGAACGACGAGUUCCGGAAGAAGAAGCAGUACAAACGCAACAAGAGGAUAUUCUCGCUUAAAUCAGCCCGCGAGCUGGUUCCAGAUGACGAGUAGACUACAACAUUUGACGAACAUCAUCCAUUUGGCUUUCAUCGUAUCAUCCAGAGUCAAAAUUGAUUCGAUCCAAAAUUCGUCGGAAUUAAGUUGGCCACCAGCAUUUCCUCGAGGGAGAAACAAACUAUUUUUGGCUCAACCAAGUAACAACCACUUCCUGCUGCUGGCCCUGUUGACCAAUUUUAAGGUGUCAGCUUGAAUCUCGGUUUGCGAGACUGGUUGGCGCACGGUGUAGAAGCGUAACUUAAAAGACUAGUCUAGGAAUUAAGGUAAUUUUAUCAAUGGUAUAAUAAAAAAGCGUCCGUUCCGCGCUGGAGCGGUUGGUAAUACACUUUUA